UUAAAGAAUGGUUGAAGAAUUGUGGGGUGAAAUACCGGUAAGGUUGGGUAUAUCACAAGCUGAACGGGAAGCUAUAACAACCCUACAACAGGUUCCGCUCCUAGAAGGACCUAAACUAUUCCAACCUCAACCUGGAGAUCCAAGAAUUAAAACUGAGCCAAGAAUUGAUGAUAUACUAGUUACUAAGAAUAUUGAACUACUCCGCUACCGCCGUCAGAUUACCCGCCUUCUAGAAACCCUGGAGCAACAAAAGGCGGCGGUUAGUUCUGGAGAAACAGGAGAUUUACCGCCGUUACUUCAACCCCCGCCGCUUCCAGCUCCAGCUGAAUUCACUAGAUCUGCUAAAACCUCCAUUUUUGGAUUCCCUAUGAAAGAGGAGAAAGUGCUCUAUUCAACAGAAAUCCCUGAGAUAACUAGGAAAGAUGCAGAGCUGGGAUUAAAACAGGCGGUAAUCAAGAUCAGUGCCCAUGUUGGUUACCAGACUGCUCUAGACUCAGGAGUUCGUCUUCUAACAGAAUCUACUCAGCUCUUUAUGGAGAGAAUGUUACACAACCUUAGAAUAGAAUUGGACAGAAGCUUGGAGAACAACAUGGAGAAUAUGGGAUGGACGGAUAUACUAGAGAAGGUUCUAGUAGGUAGUGGAGCUGGAAGUAUACUGAGUAUACAGGACUAUUAUGAAGAUUCAAUAAUUAAAUUCAACAACAAACUUCUACUACAGUGCAAGGCUUUAAGAGACAAGUACUGCUCGUCCAUACCUUCAGAUAUCCGUAGUUGGUCUAUACAAGGAAUACAAGAAGAUGAUGAUAUUCCUCAACUACAUUUCCCAAGCAGUGAGGAAGGAGCAGGUAUGGGAGAAACCUCAAUGGAUCACACAACUCCAAACCUUGAUGUUGGUAUGCAGAUGCUCCAGUCCCUGGAGGCUAGUGGAGACCUAGAUACUCCUAGAUCAGCGGACAGCGAGGCAUUAAGUAACAUGUCUUGUACUACUCCUAGUCCUGCAUUUACUCCUAGAACCCUGUCCUCUAGUCCACAGUUUAACAGUGCUAAGAAAAGGAGGAGGAGCGGGGGAAAGUAUAUCUAAUCUUUAAAUAUAUCUCACAAUAACCUUAAAUCAGUUUUCAUACAGUUAAAAAAACAGUUUACAAGAUCUAUUGAACAGUAUACUGUAUCCUGUACCUGUACUGCAAGAAGUGAAAAGUUCCAAACCUUGAUUUGGCCUAAACCUGACACUGGAAAAUAAACACGGUUUGGAUCUUGCGUUCUCUGUACUGUCUACAGUACAACGCAUAUUAAAAUUGCAUUUUAAUCUCUCACUUGUUGUUUAAUGAUGAAUACCAGAUUAUUUGAAUUUUUACUUUUUUAUGUUAAAGUUUGGAGAGAAAUCAAUUAUUAUGGAUCACCCUUUAUAUCAUGAUAAUUGUUUCAGA